GAGAAAAACAGAAAACUAGAUCACUAGAUGGAUAACUUAUACCAAUCAUAUAAACUAGAUCUAGGUAACAAAAAAUUACAGAAGAUGCAAUGCCUAUCCUAUCCUAUCCCAUCCAAGUGGAGAAGAUGCAAUGCACAUGCUAUAUGAAUACUUCCCAAACCAGUGACAAAGUUCUAUAAAAAGCUACAACUUAAUUCACAUUUUCUCAAACCCAUACCAAAAAACAAUAUCACAACAAUCACUAAACCAUGAAACUCACAGCACUAAAUACCUUCACAUUCCUCUUCAUACUAUCUUUCCUAUUUGCAAAUGUCUCUGCAAGUGUCCCCAGGGGCUUGUUUGCUGAUUUGGCACCGGCACUUGAAUCAUCAAUCAAAAGCGAAAUCCCUUCCAUGUAUUUACGCAAACUUCAAAUUGAAGAAUUGCUCAAGCUCAAGUAUGAGACACAGCUAGAGAUUAUAAAACACUCUAAAGAGAAAACCCAGGACAUGUUCGAGUUCUUUCAGAUCUUAGAAAAAUACGGAUUCUUAAACUCUUCCACUUCGCCUUCAAAUUCCGAGGACGAAUCAUCAAUAAUCAAAUUUCAGCAAUAUUUUAAUCUCAAAAAAACAGGUCAGCUUGAUCAAAAUACAACUGAUACCCUUAUAAAGCCACGUUGUGGUGUUCCUGACAUCGUCAACUCGGAGACGUUUAAGCCAUGGUGGACGGGGAAAGAAUUAACAUAUGGUUUUCACCCGAAGAAUAAGGUAAAAAACCAAUUAAAGAUUUUCUUUCAGGAUGCAUUUAACCGUUGGUCAAAAGUAACAGGGUUGAACUUUACAGAGACAAUGACGUAUAGCGAUUCCGAUAUUAAGAUAGCAUUUUUAAAUUUAGAUGGAGAAGGUCAAAUGGUUGGAGCCACUUAUAUAAACGAAACUAGAAAUGAUAGGCUUAUGUAUUUUGAUAUAAACGAACAAUGGGUGUUCUCAAAUAAGAGUGAUAUUGAUGAGGAUGAUGUUGAUUUUGAAUCAGCUGUGAUGCAUCAAAUUGGUCAUUUAUUAGGGUUGGAACAUUCUUCUGUGGAAGAGGCUAUUAUGUAUCCGAUUGUAUUGCCUAAACAGAAGAUUGAGUUGGUGAAUGAAGAUGAUUUGCAGAAGAUUCAGCAAAUAUAUGGUGUCCAAAAUGAUGCAUCAGGUUCAAGUUUGUCAGUUGUCUUUUGGCCAUUUGGCUUCUUUGGGUUUGUUGUAUGUUUCUUGGGGUUAAUGUGAAAUUAGAAGCUACAACUAUUAUGUUAAAUGUUGGCUAUUGUAAAAUGAUGUCUUUUUCAAUUUGAGGAUGUGAGUAUUUGAAUUACUAAUGUCUUUCCUCAAAUCAAUGUAAUGUUUUUAUUUUAUCAAAAAUAUUGUUGUAUA